UUGUUUAAUUCUCAUUAUGACAGCUUCUUCCCGGAUUUAAUUACAAAAGUUCAUCAUGACGGAUUCCAAGUAUUUCACAACGACCAAGAAGGGUGAGAUCUAUGAGUUAAAGGCAGACCUGAACAGCGACAAGAAGGAAAAGAAGAAAGAAGCUGUGAAGAAAGUUAUCGCUAGUAUGACGGUCGGCAAGGAUGUUAGCUCCCUCUUUCCUGAUGUGGUGAACUGCAUGCAAACUGACAACCUGGAGUUGAAGAAACUUGUGUAUCUCUACUUGAUGAACUACGCCAAGAGCCAGCCUGACAUGGCUAUUAUGGCAGUCAAUACAUUCGUCAAGGACUGCGAGGACACCAACCCACUGAUUCGUGCUCUAGCAGUGUGCACCAUGGGCUGCAUCUGAGUGGAUAAGAUCACAGCAUACCUGUGUGACCCGCUGCGUAAAUGCCUGAAGGAUGAAGACCCCUAUGUGCAGAAAACUGCCGCAGUAUGUGUAGCUAAGCUGUAUGAUAUCAACCCACAGCUUGUUGAGGAUCAGGGAUUUAUUGAUCAACUGAGGGACCUUUUGACUGCAUCAAACCCAAUGUAAAAGCUCACCAUAUCCAAAGAAGAUGAAGAGAUCUAACUACAUGCAAGACUGCUGAACCCACUCUCCAAUGAAAGGAACCAAGUAGAUGUCUGAGACCUGGAGUUCCUAACAAUGUACCAAGAGUCUGAUAAAUGAAUUGCUCACUCCUUGAUAAAAGCUACAGACAGAUGCCAAUGUCGGAUGAAGACUACCACUCCAAAAGUAGAUGCAUGAUGUCCAUGCUGCCCAGUGUCAAAGUACAACGAUGUCUUCCAAAACAAAAGCGAGAGUUGUCAUCUCCACAGAGAUCUACUCAUCAACCAAGUAGAUGUCUGAGACCUGCAGUUGAUGAGCUUCCUAACAAUGUACAAAGAGUCUGAUAAAUGAGCUGGUCUCUCCUUGAUAA